AUGUCAGAAUCUCAACAAAACCAGGGGCAACCAGCCUCCCCCUCUCCUCCCCCUCCUGCUCCAGUCCAGUUAACCCCCGGACCGCGCGCAUCGCGACUCCAAGACAUCUACACCAAAGCCCUCCGCGCAACGCUCAAAGCAAACUCGUACGAAAACUUCGCGUCAUGUUUUCCUACCCCCGCCAGACACGUCCCUGCAAGUUUGGAGUCUGUACAUCGUCAAUUGAACGCAAAACUCGAGGAAGGCGCUACGGCUGAGUUUAACGAGAUCAUCAAAGAGCGCGAGGUAAUCAAGGGAUUGAAUGAGUUGGAUAGACUGGUCGGCGAAGCGAGACGGAGAAAAAGUCAGGAGGAGAGUGAGAGUGAUGUGCCUCCACAUAUGCUCGACGCAGAGGGUCUCUACAAAGCCCAUUUAACACCGUACCUGCAAGAAGCGCAGGUCGCGCUCAGCGCCAAGAUCGAAACUGCUCAGUCACAGAAUGCGGCGCUUGCGGAGAAAGUGCUAGCUCAAAGAAAAGAGAUCGAGUUAUUACUAUCGGGUCUAGAAGCUGUGAUGGCUGAUUUGGAGGGUUCGGCAAAGACGUCGACCAAGUACAGCAAGGCGCAUAAUCUACGACAGGAAAGCUUGCAGAUUGACGAGGAGAUGAAAAUGCAGACCGACUCUUGA